GCAAAUUAAGAAAAACCACACCAGCCCCCAUUAGCAACGACCACUAAGUCGAGCUAGCUCAUAAUCUUUACUUUUAGUAACUCUGUACACUGUAUUAAAAGGAGAACCUUAUCGCUGCUACUUCAUUCAUUCAUAGCGAAGAGAGUGGAGUGCUAAAAAAUGGAUCAUAGCGAAGAGAGUGGAGUAGUGGUCAUGGGACGAGCAGAGAUUGACACGCGAGCGCCUUUCAAGUCAGUUAAAGAAGCAGUAAUGUUGUUCGGGGAAAGAGUUUUAGCUGGGGAAAUCUACGCCAACAAGCUCAAAGAGAUGCAAGCUGGAGCACGUGAAACUGGGCAAGCUCAAUCCAGAAUUGGGGCCUUAACAGCUGAGCUUGAAGAAACAAAGCAAAGCCUUCAAAAAGCCAAAGAAGAAGGUAGCUUAAUGGCAAAUUGCAUAAAUUCUCUUAGAGAAGAGCUUGAGCAAUCAAAGAAAGAGCUACAAGAGUUGAAGACAUUAGAAUUCCAAAAAGAGCCAGUUGAUCCUAACCUCGAAGACCUCAAAUUCAUUGAAAAUGCAACAAAAGUGGACAUCAAUAUACAAAAUGAAGAAGCAAAGGAAUUUCAAAAAAAGAGAUAUGUGAAGUUUGCCAGCCCUCCUUCAUUGGCUCAAGUUAUUAUCAAUAAAGAUGAAGUACCAGAGAGAUCUCCUUCUGUUAAGAAGACAAAGAAGAAGAAGCCAUUAAUACCACUUAUAGGAUGGCUUUUUUCAAAAAAGAAGGGAGCCCACGAAGGUGAGUCUCCCUGAAUAAGCAAAAUUCUAAACAAAUUUCAUUCACAGAUGUUAUUUGAGUUGGAGUA